GGCACAAUUCUCCCAUCACCUGACUCUCUGUCAUCACCAAAGGACGUGAAAACACGCGAAGAGACAAUUCAAACCAAGAAUCCUCAAACUCCCAAGGCAAAACCUCCAGUGAAAGCUAAACCAGAUGCUCCUGGCCAGAAACUUAUUCCCCGAACCGUUUCUUUGAUAGAGAAUGGCCCAAACGUUCUACUGCCUGUUGCUCCGCCAGUUGUGGUGUCAACUGUAAACAGCAAUGGUGUAAAUCAGGUCAGAAGUAGGAAUCCAGAUCGUAAAGAAUCAACCUUAUCUUGUGAUUCCCAAAGAAUAAUUACUUCAAACCCGACUAAACAAGACAGCAGUCCAACAAGUGUUGAUUCCAGCUUUACAGCUGCAGACAAAAGUAGUGAUCUACCAUCUUCCAGAGUGGAAAUGUCCAUAGAGAGCGUUGAUCAAGCUGUGUAUGAAUCAGAGAUCAGUGCUAUUCCAUCAGUCUCCAUGGAAGCCAGCUACACGCAGGAGGAGAGCCGCGAAUCAAGGGAGAUCACACGAUCCAACUCAUCUCUUAGCGGGAAGUUUGAGCAGCAAAGUGCCUCCCCACUCUCCCUAUCACCAACGCCUCAUUGCUCCUCUGUGCCCAGGUCUUACUCCGACAUCAGUUGCCAUCUGGAGGGCCACCAUUCUCGCGACAGCUCCCUUGUGUCAAAUCAUAGCAGAUUGUCACGGGCUAGUAUUGGAACUGACCUGGAGAACUUUUUUAACCAGAUGGGGAUGGAGAAGGGAGUCUUAGAGCCAUUAGACAGACUUAGAGAACUGCAAGGCAGUGAGAUCUUUGACAGCAUGAGCUCUCUCGAUUCCCAUGACGCAACCAGCAUAUGCAGCAGUUACUCACGAAGUGACCAGGAAUGGACUGACUCCCAGUCCGUGGAUCGCAACCUGCAGCAGACAUCAAUUGUCGAGAGAAACGCUAGGAUUAUAAAGUGGCUUUGCAAUGUGAAAAAAGCGAAAAGUCCAUCAAAGACAUCCGAAAGUGCUGCUGCUAGCAACGCUUAA